AUAAACAAACACACACAAGCAAACAAACACAUGCAUACACACAAACACACACGCUCACACAAAAACACAGUGGUAGAAAGUAGUGUGUGGCCAAGUGAGAGCUUCAUGGAAGUGCAACUGGAGAGCGAGCAAAGCCCUUAAAGAAUGUGAGCUCUGUGGUCCGUGGUUAAAGAUAGAGGUACGAGGACACGGGGCCUGCUUUCACCGGCUCUAACGUUUAUAAUCACAGAUACCUUCUGCGAGGAACCCAAACAAACCGGACAGCGUUGGUUGUUGAUGUUGUUGUUGUUGUUGCGGUGGUGGUGGUGGUGGUGGUGGUGUGUGACUUCUGUUUAGAUAAGAGGUGAAUGUUGAGGUGGAGGGAUUUGUAUGUGUUUGUAAGGUGCGUACCCUUGUGUGAGCCGGGGAAACAGUGACAAGGACAGCCGCCAUGGUUCUGUUUGAAGGAAUGAUUGAAGAUUGCGGACAGAGUGGUCACACAAUGGCAGACAGAAGGCAACUGUUUGUCGAGAUGAGGGCUCAAGAGCUGGACUCCAUACGACUGUCCACCUACAGAACGGCUUGUAAGCUUAGAUUCGUGCAGAAGAAAUGCAACCUGCACCUGGUGGACAUCUGGAACGUGAUCGAAGCGUUCCGGGAGACCGGCCUGAACACGGCCGACCUUGGCGGCGACGUGGGCGUGGCCCGUCUGGAGGCCGCCGUCUCCGCGGUGUUCUCCCAGCUCAACAAGCGCCUGCCCACCACACACCAGAUUGCCGUGGAGCACUCCGUCAGCCUGCUGCUCAACUUCCUGCUGGCCGCCUACGACCCCGAAGGCCUGGGGAAGGUCUCCGUCUUCGUGGUGAAGACGGCCCUCGCCGCCAUUUGCGGGGGCAAAUAUUUGGACAAAUUAAGAUACAUCUUUUCCCAGAUAUCCGAUUCGGCGGGGGUGCUGGCGUACUCCCAGUUCGACCAGUUCCUGAGGGAGGUUCUCAAGCUGCCGACGGCCGUCUUUGAGGGUCCGUCGUUCGCCUACACCGAGCAGGCUGCUAGGACCUGCUUCCCCCAGCAGAAAAAGGUUUACCUGAACACAUUCCUGGACACGCUGAUGUCGGACCCCUCCCCGCAGUGUCUGGUGUGGCUGCCUCUCAUGCAUCGCCUGGCCAACGUGGAAAACGUCUUCCACCCGGUGGAGUGCGCCUACUGCCGCACCGAGAGCAUGAUGGGCUUCCGCUACCGCUGCCAGCAGUGUCAUAAUUACCAGCUCUGUCAGGGAUGCUUCUGGAGGGGCCAUGCCAGCGGUUCCCAUAGCAACCAGCACCAAAUGAAGGAGUACACGUCAUGGAAAUCCCCGGCCAAGAAGCUGUCCCACGCGCUGAGCAAGUCUCUGAGCUGCGCCUCCAACAGGGAGCCCCCCCACCCCAUGUUCCCCGAGAUGACCUCUGAGAAACCCCUCAACCUCGCCCACAUCGUAGACACGUGGCCGCCCAGGCCAGUGAAUAUUACCAAUGAAUACGCACUCUCUCACUCCAUGCCUACAUCAGGGAAUCCGUUCUCCACCAAACACUCCCCCUCCAAGCACAAUGACUUAGAGCUGAGAAGGCCCCACUUAACCAGGGCUACUCCCGACCUGUUGAGAGGGAGGGGGGUAAACUACCAGCUUGAUGUGGCUGAUAGGCUGGCAGAUGAACAUGUCCUGAUUGGUCUGUACGUCAAUCUGCUCCAGAACAACCCCAGAUCCCGCUUUCUGGAGAGCAGCAGCCACCAGGACGACGAGCACAGCCUCAUAGCUCGCUACGCCGCCAGGCUAGCCGCCGGUGCUGCCGCCCAGCAGCAGCAGCAGCAGCAGUACGGCGUCGUCCCCUCUGACUUCUCCUGCCCCCUCGACGCCAACAAGCACCAGCGGCAGCUCAUCGCCGAGCUGGAGCACAAAAACAGAGAGAUCCUGCAGGAGAUCCAGCGCCUGAGGAUUCAACACGAGCAGGCCUCACAGCCAACCGUCGACCGGAACCAGCAGAACCCCACCCUAUUGGCAGAGCUCAGGCUCCUCAGGCAACGCAAAGAUGAGCUCGAACAAAGAAUGUCCACUCUCCAGGAGAGCCGCAGGGAGCUCAUGGUGCAGCUGGAGCAACUCAUGAUGCUGCUCAAGGAGGAAGAACAGAAACAAGCUACUCAGGGUCCCAGCUCUCCCCGGUCCUCCCUCAGCCACACGGCGUGCCGGCCAAUCCCCGCCCCCAUCCACUCAGAGUCGGCCGGCACCACCCCCACACACACCCCCCCCACACACCCCACCCCCACACCCCCCCCCCAGGACUCCCUCAUGGGAGUGGGAGGGGACGUCCAGGAGGCCUUCUCUCAGGGGCCGCGGAGAAACCUGAGGAACGACCUCCUCAUCGCCGCCGACUCCAUCACCAGCACGAUGUCGUUCCUGGUGAAGGAGCUGAACUCCGACUGUGGCAGUGAGAUGGAAAGCCUUUUGGACUCAGAUUUCGAAGGCAGUGACAGCCUCGCUCCGUCGGCCUCGGAUCCCUUCUUCGCUACGCAGCUAGCCUCUAAGCUAAGGCUCAGUGUCGUCCCAGACGAGGGCCGCUACGAGAUGGACCUAGACAGGCAGCUGGAGGGGGAGCUCCUGGCCGAGGAGCUGAUGAAGCACCGGAAGGAGCCGGAGAAGGACUGCAUGAUGACACUACAACAGUGACCAUGGUUGUUCAUAUUUCCGAUAAGCAAUAGGAGAAGGAACAGCAGAAGACGAUGCAGGAGGAAAUGACACAGAGGCUCAUGAAGAAGUGAAGAUUGAGAGUUUUCAAGACCAACCAUAGAUUACAGUUGUUCAAAGGUAUAUUUUUAAACCCACUACAUGUUUGAGACAAUACUGUGAAAUGAAGAGGAGAACUAAUGAAUUGCUGAGCAGUCUAUUUUACCACAGGUGCCAUAAAUACACAACAUCGGAAAAUGUCUACUUCUUACCCUAGUUUUGAAUGAGUUGUCUGGCUAUUAUGUGGACAUUAUGUUUCGUUAUACAAGCUGACAAGCCGUGAAGUUUAAGUUACCUCAUUUCUAAAAACAAAGACUGGGUUCAUUACUUGGUUGUUCUAUUCAGCAUGAUAAAAAAAAAAAAAAAGAUUAUGUGACUCACAAAGACCAUAUAAACUGAGAAUAUAAUUCUAGUCGAUAUACGACCGGAUUUUCCCAAUAGAUUUGCUGUGUUAUAACUGGUCUUGACCAACUUUUGUGCUUUUGUUGGGUCAAAGUAUUUCCUAGGAGCGUGGAUUGGGUUUGAGACACAGGUCAGGGAUUGUGCAUACAGCCGUGGCUGAUUAAGUGACCUCUCUCUGGAAUUUAUUCAGAAUCCCGGCAGAGAAUGUGGCUAACAGGCUUGUUAGCCACAUUCUCUGCGGCUAACAAGCUGGAGCUAACAAGCUGUUAGCCACAUUCUAACAGACCGUAGACGAGUCUAAGGAAAUGUGGCUUUCCAUCACUGGAUAAAGCAAGAAGCGUCUGCUCACAGAUGUUGUCUCGUUUGAUGUCUGAUGUCGAUAAACCCAGGCGAUUCUGGGUUUUCACAGCUUUGAAACACAGCGGAUAAUGCUUGAAGAAUAUAGAAAUUCAAUGAAAAGAAAUUCAAAGAAAGUCAUUUGCAAGAAUUCCAAAUUUACUCUGAAACAAAAUGUUUCGGAAAAGACAUCCAAUUUUUUCUUUUUUAAUACUCCCUCUAAAGAGAAAUAGAUGAAGGUUUGUUUCCCACAUUAUUUAAUUUGCGUUUAUUUUAUGACCAAAAUGGUAGCCUGUUCGUCCCUCACAUGAAUCACAUGUUACACACGCGUGUACAAACACAUACAGUACACACACCUGGCUCCUGCCCCUUCUGGGGGGUCCAUACACCAUAACCCAGCUACGAAAAUAAAUGGAAAGUUCAUCUUAAAACUGAAAUUUGUGAAAUAUAUCUGGUUUAAUUAUUCUUUUCUUUUAGUUAGUUCUUUUAAGUGACUUUGCAUGGCGGAGAUGCAUAAUAAAGUGUUGACACUGUAUCACCA